UUGAUUUUGAAUUCGUGGUGCAUAGAACUUGAAAGGAAAGAAAAUUGGAAGCUUAGAAAAAAAUUUCUUUUAAGCCAAAAAAAAUAUUUUUUUUUGUGUUCUGAAAACGAAGAAGAAAAAAAAAAUCUCGCUGAAUGCGUGAAAAGAAGAACAUAAACAAAGAAGAAAGUGUUUAGAGGAAUUAGAAUAUACAUAAAUAGCAUAGCUGUCACAAUUAUAAAAAUAAAACAGAGCCAGAGCAUAAAGCGAAAGAUUCUUCUUUCAAAGACCAUUACGAAUUAGUAAAUUGAAUCAAAAUCAAAUCUCAACCCAUUCACGAAAAUAAAUUAAGACCAUUGAGGAAACAUGGAAACAUCAUUAGAAACAUCCACAAUAGCUCAACCGCUUGUAAUAAAAAACGAAAGUUCAGUCACUGAGAGUUCACAGGAAUCCAAGGUCGAGAAAAUUGCAAAUGGAACUGUCGAGACUGCUGCCAGUAGCGAAAAGACUGUAUCACAAAGUGUCAUCACUUCAAAUGAUCAAGCUGUUCAACAAAAGAGCGUCAUCGCAGAAGUGAAGCAAGAGUCAUCAUUUUCAUCAUCCUCAGUUGUUGUGGAUGAAAAGCCAAAUGAAACUGAUGUUCAACAAGAUGAGGCAUCAGAAGUUGCAUCAGAAGUAGUUGAAAAAGAAAAUGAAAAUUAUCUUGAACCCGAAAACGUAAGACAAAUUGUAAAUACUGUAGAGUCUGUGAGUGAAAAGCAAAUAGAAAAUUCUGUAGAUGCAGAACAGACGGUAGUAAACUCUGUAGAUGCAGAACAGCCAUUAGAAAAUUCUGUAGAUGCAGAACAGCCAUUAGUUAACUCUGUACACACUGAAGAGCCAUUAGAAAAUUCUGUAGAUGCAGAACAGACAUUAGAAAAUUCUGUAGAUGCAGAACAGCCAUUAGUUAACUCUGUACAUACUGAACAGCCAUUAGAAAAUUCUGUAGAGCCAGAAAUUGCAAAGCCAUUAGAAAAUUCUCUAGAGCAAGAAGCUUCCGACUUGAAAAAUGACACUGAACCGUCUUCUGAAUUAAAAUCAGGAGAACAAAAAGAAAGUACAAAUGAAGUUCACGACGAGACAAAAGAAAUUACACAAACAGAACAAUCAGACUUAAAUGGACAACCUGAAACUGUUGUUGAAGAACAACAGGAACCGGAACAGACCACAAUCUCACAAAAUAGUGCUGAAACUCAUAUUGAGGAACAAAAAAUUGAUGAGCAAGUAAAUGCUGCUGAUCAAGGAGAAUCAGCAUUUGUGCCAACUUCUUUGUCAGCUCCGUUGCCAGCAAUCCUUGAACGAUCAUAUGAAACAUCACCAACUGAGGAAUUGCCAUCAAAAAUUUUAGAUAUUGCACAACCAGCUCCUGUUGUCGCAGAAGAAAAGCCAGAAGUAAAACAAGAAGUUUUGACACGUAGUUAUCAGCAAUUUAGCAACAAGGAGAUCGAGCAAGAAAGCAUCAAGAAACAAUUGAAUGACAUUAUCACUGAUAUUGAGAAGAAUGUCCAAAUCACCAACGAUGAUGCAACGGAAAAUUUGAAUGAUGAGAAACAUGAAGGAAAGAAACCGAUCGAUUUACAAAAGAUUUUCACACCAGCCAACGAUGUUGAAGAGAUCAAGCCGGGAAAAAAUAGGAAAUUAUUCGCAUCAUCAUCAUUCUACUCGCCUGUAAUUCAUCCAACUGUUGAGGAUCAAGUUGCACUUGCACAAAGAAUCUCUCAUUCAUUGAGUGAUAUCAGUAAUCAUCAGUCUAAAGGACAAUCGAUGUAUGUUAAUCGUAAAAAGCGUUCUGUAAAAUGGAUUCAUGAUGACGGACAUGAGGAGGAACGAUUUGUUGAAGAUACACAAGAAACGAAAGAAAAUGGUUACGAGACAUCGACGAAACAAACUGAACACAGCAUAUCACAACAUCCAACAAAUGGAACCUUAAUUGAACCAAAAAAAGUUCCUCUUAAGUUGGUGAUGGAUCCUCGUCAUGUUCAAGAUUUUAACUCAAUGAGACAGUUUGGAUAUGAGCCAACAGCACCAAUGUCUCCAGAAUUUGGCAUUGAACUUUGUAAUGCCCUCAAUGCUCCAAAUGGAAAGGGUGCUGAACUUUUUGCCAAACGUCGCAAGAAGGCUGAAAAGUGGGUCGUUGAUGGAACAAAGACUCAACAACAAACCCAAGCAUCAACAGCAGCCGGACAAUUUCUACCAGCUUUUACAGACGUUGGUAUCCAACGCGUACAAAAUAACAUAAAAUUGGAUCAAAUUCAAGAAAAAUAUCAACAACCAGCUAUUAAAAUGGUCAAAUCACCAUGGGAAGCAGCACUAGAAACAGGUUCAGCUGACAAUGCUUUUGUGAGCUAUGAUCAACAACAAAUCUAUUCAGCAUCAGCUAGUCAAGUUCAACAAGUUGAUUAUAGCUCAUCAGCACCACCACCAUCGUCGUUGUAUUCGUCUAUGAAGGAUACUCAGAUCCAAUCAUCAAAGCAAUUGAGAGAACAUCUUGCUGGACGUGAUUUAGCUUAUCGUCCAUCUGUUCCACAAGGAUGGAAUCGUCCACCAGUUGUUCUUCAAGCAGGAAUGUAUACCCCACCAGAGAUUCCGAUUAUGUCAUCGACAACCUCAUCGGUUUCAUCAAGCGAAAAGAUUUCGAAAUUUACGUCUACAUCGACUACAUCAACAAGCUUCCAAGAUGUUUUCUCAUCGGAAUCUUCGACAAUUAAGCAGGAACAAGUUGCACCAGCUCCAAUUGUUCUUCAACAAACUCAAUUUGUUCCCCAACAACUCCCAGCUGUUCCUCAACAACAACAAUUUGUUCCUCAACAACAACAAUUUGUUCCACCAAUGAAACAUGCUCAACAGCCUUCACCAUUGGCUCAAUAUCAACAGCAAAUGCCCAGACCUUAUUCAGGAUCUGGACAAUCUUAUCCACCAAUUAAGCUUCAUACACCAAUUUCAUAUACGAUGCCUCAAACAGUCGUUAAGCCUCAAACUCCCACUCCAGUCGUUAAGCCUCAAACACCAACCCCAGUCGUUAAGCCUCAAACUCCCACUCCAGUUGUUAAGCCUCAAACACCGACUCCAGUCGUUAAGCCUCAAACUCCUGUUGCUUUUCCUGUUCAGACAACACCUAUUCAAAUGGCUAUUUCACCGGCUCCAAUGAAACCAAUGACACCAGUUUCAAUGCCAUCAUCAAGAUCAAGCUAUAAUGCAUCUCCAGUAACACCUGGAAUCUUAAAGAAACAAAUGCAAUUGGAUGCAGCAGUUCCAGUUCCACCGGGUGGUAUAAUUCCAUCACAAUCACCCGUUUCAUCUAUUCGAAUGGGUGCAAAGAGUCCAGUGCCAUUUAUCAAUACAGCACCAGCACCAUAUGCCCCACAAUUUCCUGCAUUAUCUGUUCAAACACCGGAGACAAUUGCUCAAAUUGCACCGGCUGAAACACCUCUUGUGCCGCCACUCUAUGAUCCAGCACAUCAGCCAUUGCCAUUGAUUGUCAAUACACCGCUACCAAAAUACUCAUCAUGCUAUAAUAAUGCGGCACGUCCAUUCAAUGAAUUUAAGGAUUUUUAUCGUCCAAUUCAUAUGGAAGAAGGAAAGAAAAUGCUUCCACCUUUAAUCUAUACAGACUUUUAAGACAUACACAAACACAACACAUAUUUAACUAACUGAAGAAUGAGAAAAAAAUGAAAAACUUUAUAUAAAUUAUUAAUUAUAUUAUUAAUGAAUGAGUGAAUGAAUGUUUUUACUCUAUCGCUCUCGUUUUUAUUUUUUAAUUUUUUUUUUCUUUUCGUUUUGCGAACAUCAAUAUUAAGUUCAUCGUGAAAACAUUAUACUCGAGCAAAUUAUUACUUUGAUAAUAAUUUUAAUUAUGUCCUUUGUGCUUCUGUAAGUGGAGUCAAAUGGGAUUGAUUAGAGAAUUUAGAAUUGGAGUGAAUGAAGAACCUCGUGGAAUCAAAUCUACUGUUAAUUUGAAACCGUUAAGUCAUCAUGUCUUAUUUGUCAUACUAGUAGACUUUACUAGAUAUGACGAGACUAUGAUUUAAAAAUACAAGAAGUCAGCUUCAAUUCUAGAAAGCUUUUGAUAAGUUUCGUAUAAUUUUAUAAUAAAAAUAUUGCACGGAUCAGUACAGGGAAUAAGGACUAGAUUCUUAAACGGCAAUAUUUAAAAAUUUAAAUUUGAAAUGUACGUUAUAAACAUUUUAGAUUCAAAUAUUAAUAAACCGUCGAAUUUUAAAAAAAUUAAAAUUGUUUUAAAUUGGAAAAAAAUAGUCUCUUUGAUAGACAAAUAAUCCCUCAGACUGGAUAGUUCUUACUCAAAUAAACAACUUGUGAGUUUCAACCUAGAAAUCGCACUUGAAAGUCACUUCUAUAAGCAUGUAGAUCUAAACAAAUCAUCAUCAUCGAACAAGCCACUUGAGCUAAUAUUUUCUCUUUCAUUUUUCGCCACUUUAUAAUCGUUUUUUGUUUAUUAUUACUUGAAAUAAAAUAUACACCGGAAAGCUAUACUUUAAGAGAAUUGAUUGAGAAUUGAGAAUAUCUUUGAGACAUUUUAGAAAAUGCUGAAAGAAUUAAUGUUUAUGUUAAUGAUGUGUUAAAAAUUAUUUUAUUUCUUGCUCUCUUUUUUUUGCAAUAUUAUGUGUAUAAAAACAAGUUAAUGAUGAAAAAAUGAAUACAUAUUAUACAUAAUGUCGUCGUCUAUGCAAUAAAAAUUAUAUGAAAGCAAUAAGCAAUGAAGGAAAAAUUGUAAUUUUCGAUUCUAAAAAUAAAUGAAAAAUUUCACUUUUUUGAAAUCUUCAA